AUGGCGGUCAAUCGAAUGCGCGCCGCAUUUGCGGUGCCCAGAAAGGGUGAGACGUUUGAGCUGCGAGCUGGUCUAGUUUCCCAAUAUGCGUGGGAGCGCAAAGAGUCCAUCCAGAAGACCAUCAUGGCAAUGACAUUGGGCAAGGACGUGUCGGCCCUGUUUCCAGAUGUGCUGAAGAAUAUUGCAACUGCGGAUCUGGAUCAGAAGAAGCUGGUGUAUUUAUACCUCAUGAACUACGCAAAGUCUCACCCGGACCUAUGUAUCCUCGCCGUCAACACCUUUGUCCAGGACUCGGAAGACCCGAACCCCCUCAUCCGCGCGCUCGCUAUCCGAACAAUGGGUUGCAUUCGUGUCGACAAGAUGGUAGAUUACAUGGAGGAGCCGCUGCGAAAGACACUUAGAGACGAGUCUCCAUAUGUGAGGAAGACGGCUGCGAUUUGCGUUGCCAAGCUCUUUGACCUCAACCCGACCAUGUGCAUAGAGAACGGUUUCCUCGAAACGCUACAGGAAAUGAUUGGAGACUCGAACCCCAUGGUUGUGGCGAACUCGGUCCAGGCGCUUUCCGAAAUCAGCGAGACAGCUCCCGAGACUGCUGCGCUCAUCAUUACACCGCCGACCUUGAAAAAGCUUCUGAUGGCUCUGAACGAAUGUACAGAAUGGGGACGGGUCACGAUCCUGUCCACUUUGGCCGCAUAUCCACCGACGGAUGUCAAGGAGUCCGAGCACAUUUGCGAGAGGGUUGCGCCGCAAUUUCAACAUGUCAACCCCAGUGUCGUGUUGGCGGCUGUCAAGGUUGUUUUCAUUCACAUGAAGCUCAUCAACGCAGACCUUGUGCGACAGUACCUGAAGAAGAUGGCUCCACCCUUGGUCACACUCAUUGCAUCUGCUCCAGAAGUCCAAUAUGUCGCCCUUCGAAAUAUUGACUUGCUCCUUCAGGCCAAGCCCGAUAUCCUGAGCAAUCAGUUACGUGUCUUUUUCUGCAAGUACAACGACCCUGCUUACCUGAAGCUUCAGAAAUUGGAAAUCAUGGUCAGGAUAGCCAACGAAAAGAACUUUGAGCAACUACUAGGCGAACUCAAGGAGUAUGCCCUUGAGGUCGACAUGGACUUUGUACGGAGAGCCGUCAAGGCGAUUGGUCAGGUCGCGAUCAAGAUUGAGGGUGCAAGCGAAAAAUGUGUGAACGCGCUCCUGGAUCUGAUAGCGACAAAGGUCAACUAUGUUGUUCAAGAAGUAGUUGUGGUGAUCAAGGACAUUUUGCGAAAGUAUCCUGGCUAUGAGGGUGUCAUCCCGACUCUCUGCCAGUACAUUGAUGAGCUUGACGAGCCAAAUGCUCGAGGAUCCUUGAUCUGGAUUGUUGGAGAGUAUGCCGAAAAGAUCAGCAAUGCUGAUGAGAUCUUGGCUAGCUUUGUUGAUGUUUUCUCUGAAGAGUUCACACAGACGCAACUUCAGAUCUUGACUUCUGUAGUCAAGCUAUUCUUGAAGAAGCCACAAAGCAGCCAAGGCCUUGUUCAAAAGGUUCUCCAGGCCGCCACAACAGACAACGACAACCCCGAUAUUCGCGACAGAGCUUAUGUCUACUGGCGUCUCCUGUCUGGUGACCUCGAUGUAGCCAAGAACAUUAUUUUGUCGCAAAAGCCCGCCAUCUCUACCACCAUGACUUCUCUGCCUCCAGCUCUUUUGGAGCAGCUCCUGGCUGAGCUCUCCACUCUUGCAUCGGUAUACCACAAGCCACCAGAGUCUUUUGUCGGAAAGGGCCGUUACGGCGCAGAUGCUAUCCAGCGUGCGGCCAUCCUGGAGCAGCGCGAGAAUCUCGCCGAAAACCCCAGUGUGGCUUCUGCUGUCGCAGCCGCCCAGUCCAACGGCUCUGCACCACAAAACAACAUUGAGAACCUGCUUGAUAUUGACUUUGAUGGUGGCGCGCCUGCGUCAUUGGAGCAAAACAGCGCCACGGCCACACCUGACCGCGUGCAGAGCCCGGCCAUGGGGCAACAACCAUCUGGUGGUAUGGCUGACAUGAUGGGCUUGUUCGACGCUCCAGCACCUCAAGCACCAGCCAUGAACGCUGGUAGCAACGACCUGAUGAAUGGAUUCGCUGGAUUGGAUAUCAGUGGAAGCAGUGCUCCGCCACCCCCCGCGCAGCAAUUAGGGCAUGACGGAAAUGCACCCAAGAAGGAUAGCGACGAUCUGCUGGGAUUGUUCUAG